AUGGUCGAACCAAGAGUCAAAUAUGUUAGUCAAGAUUCACGGUCAAUUUCGAACUCUAUUGGCCAGUCCCACCAAGGAGGUUCUCUUUACAUCGGCGGUGGCACUACUGUGACGCUUAUAGAUGACACCUCCCAAGUUACUCCACUACCUCCCCGUCAAUUAAGCUACGUCAUCCUGCCUGCUGGCUCCACAGGCUUGCCAAACUCGUUGCUUGCCUCUCGUUUCUAUGAGCAAGCCUCGACAGCAACCUCUUCCUCAUCCUCAUCUCGACGCUGGCCGCAUCUGACCCCAGUUGGUUUUGGUCCACAUUCUUUGUCAACCGCUCCCGUCAACAGCAAGUCCUCGUCAAAUAGAGGCGUUAUUGCUGAAAAAAUUAAUCUGAGCCAUGGUGACGAUGGCUUCGGUUCAGGCAGUGAAUCUCUUCUUGCCAGGGUCACCCUCGCCUCUCCGACAUUUAGAUCUGAGUCCCGCCCAGGCGAACGCCUCGUGGUCCCCGUCCAGACCGCAGCAUAUGCGGCGCGUCUGGCUGGACUCCCUCCGACCUCAUCUGUCUCUUCUAUCCAAUCUGAUGUCUCCUCUUUUUCUGCUUCCUCAACUUCCGGCCGCCCAGUUGACAGAAGUCUUCUCCGCAUUCGCACCCGGCAACCUAUGGCUCUACCGCGUCCCGGUGUUACUGGACGGUCUGGUUGGUUCGAUGCCCUAAUCAGCUGGCGACCUCCCCCCGACCACAUUGAAGUCGGCCUCAAGAUCAGUGCGUAUUCCGACGAUACUAGCCUCGGUACAGGUUUGCUGCCUCAGACGCAGGCCUUGGUGAGUGCAGAACGGGCCACAGGCAGCGCCCAACAGAGGCUUAUACCGGCUCGCCUCCAGACUAUCCCACAGGCCAUACAAGCCCCCCGACGCCUCGGAUACCGUGUUAUAUGGGGCCCUCGGAUGUACGAACCGAUCGACUUGCGCAUGUACAACUAUGGUAUCACACCACAACUUGACCGUGAGAGGGCGGAAUCCAAGGUCGUAGAUGCGGUAAGUUGA